CGAGUCCGAUCACAGAACCAGUAUUUCUUUGCCGAUAGCCAGGACGUCUCACGUGGAAGCUACCGGUUUGUCAAGGAAUGUAAACAGAGUGUUCCAACAAAUAAAGCAGGGGCCAUAAAUAACAGAUUAGACGAACAAAACAUGAUACAGCCUCUGGGAAAGAAAGGUUUAGCGAAGGUUAUUGCUGCAGUUAGUGCAUCUUUUGGAGCCUACUAUCUGAUGCAUGUUGGCUGGAUGUCCUACAGUCGCAAGCGUGAAAUAGAGUUACUGGAAGUUGCCAAAAAACAGAUUGCUGAAGAAUAUCCAGAGCUCAGUCCUUAUGUAAACUUGGGUAAAGAUGACUUUGACGAGUAUAUGGAGCACUAUAAGAAGAUCAUAAAGCACUAACCAUUUAUCAGUCACUAGUCGCUUUUAUUGAAUAUUUCAUUACAUUGGUGGAUUUGUUAGUUAAUUUUUGGAGACACUGAGUGUGUAAAUAAUGAAUAUUACAAGCCCAAAAAAGCGGAGUAGGAUUGUGAAAACACCCACCCAAUUUUUGGGACUGUUGCUUGGAUCAGUGAUUUUAAGGAAAGUUAUAGAAAAGUACAGGGUCAAUACCAUUCGGAUGGAUAAACCCUCCACUGGGCUGGAGCGGUAUGAGGCGCGGCUGGCAAGACAAGAGGAACAGAGAAGACGCGAACAGAAUCAGUUCAUAAUCGCCUAAAUCAUUCAUUGAAUUGUGUUGGCAAAAUUAACAAAUUAUGAUGGCUUCAAGAAAAAGCAUCAAAGAGGAGAGUGAGAUUCAUCAGAGUGAACUCUCGGACAAUUUCGAAGGAUUGAAAUUGUUGAAAAAUAUUGCCAUCUCCUCUAGAGGUCCACAUGGUAAGGUCAAGGUCAUUCAGAACUUGGCAGGUGGUCAUGUGACCCUGACAUCAUCAUCUGGACGUCUCUUGCCAGCAUUAUCUAUAUCCAGACCACUCUUAAAGUUGUUGACAACGUCAGCCGAGGGUCAGAUUCAAACGUUUGGAGAUGGUGGAUUGUUUUUAAUGGCUUGUUGCCUGAAUAUUGUUGAAUUGUCUGAAUAUUCUUUGACAGGAAACAGAAUUUUAAUUGAAAUAUUUGAAGAGUUAAUGGAACUAGCAUUAGGCGAGUUGAAAUCUGACAAUUUCCUUGGAAAAAUUCAUCUGUCGCUGUCCAAUACAGUUCAGAUUCUAUCUCUAGUGAAAACAAUCCUAUCCUCAAAACCCCUCUGUAAAUUGUCAGAGGACUCUGUGAAUCAUCUAGCUUCCAUGAUUGUUGAAUGUUUCUUGUCCUCUGUAAAGGACGAUAAGAACACUAAUAGUGUCUUAAUUCUUACUGCUGAGGGCAAAUCAGUGAAUCAAUCCCAUCAUUUACCUGGAAUUUUAAUGUUGUAUCCAGAAAUUUCCUCUUUUUCCAAGAAAAAGCUUCAUUUCAUCACAAAAGAUGAGAAGAUUGUAGUUGCCUUGGUGACAACCUCGAUGUCGGGAGAUAGUGAGGAGGUCAUCCAGGGUAGAUACCAGCAGAAUAUAGAGGUCGAUGCAGAGCAGACUGUGAUAGAAUGUAUGAAGUCAUUCUGUCACUGCAUCAAGGACUGCGAUGUAGGAAUUGUGAUGUGUCAAAAGGUUGUCCACCCUAUCAUCAAAUCGCAGCUGAGACAAAGCGGAAUUUUUGUGGUUGAACGCAUGGGGGCCAAGUUGACUAGUUUUGUUCAGGAUUUAACAGGUGCUACACCAAUGGAGUCGUUUUCCUGUAAACCUGAAAAAUACCUUGGCUCCCUUGAUACUGUGAAUCAUGUCAUUCUCAACAAGAAGAGUUAUCUUCACUUGCAGAGAGCGAGUUCUGGGAUGAACACCUUGGUUCUGUGCAACUUGGAGGAGGAAAUGGUCUCAGAGCUCAAGGUGGUAUGUGAGACAGCUUUGAACACCCUGCAGAAUAUUUUACAGUAUCCCAUACUGCUCUGUGGUGGAGGUUGCUGGGAAACUUGCCUUUGUUUCCAUAUCAAACAGAAAGUGAAAGAAAACCAGGGUUUCAUUCUUGAGAAAACAAAGUGCACAGCUUCAGCACUUUCAGCAGCCUCUGAAAUAUUUAUCAAGAGUGUACUACAGGUUGCUAAGACAACAGGUUAUUCUGGAGCCAUGAUGAUGACAUCUUUUCCUACCUUUCAUUCUUGGAGAGUUCCUCUAAAUAGUGAUGACUUUGAUCAUGAUAACGUUUUGACUUGUAACUGUGGUAUGGUGACUGAACCUGCUAAAAAACUAAUGCCUGUGAAUGAAGUGAACUUAACAAUUCUGAAAGUUGACACAGUUUUGAAGGAAGAAGUUUGUAAACUUCAACAAAUUUCUCAGUCAAAAUCUUGUGUGGUUGAUUCCUAUAUAUCAAAUGUUAGUGCAUUUAGGAAAGCUGUUUUCACAGCCAUCAUGAUGUUGAAUGUAGGAAAUUGUUUACAGGAUAUUAAUUAAUACAGCUUUUUGUAAUCGAUGUAAGGGAAUGAAAUGUGUUUAUGGAUAUUACAUUGAAAGGAAUUGUCUUACAAUUUGUUUGUUGAAAUUUGAUGAAUCUACAUAUAUUUUGUAUCUAUCUUUAUGUCUUGAGUGAGAGGUGUGAUAUUCAGAAAACAUGAAAUUUGAUUUACAAAUUAUAAUAAAAUUCAUCACAACAAAGCAUU